AUGGAGCUACUUUUUGGAGCUGCCGCUGCGGGCGGUGGUGGCCUGUUCUCCUAUAACCGGGAGAACUACAUGUUCGAUAAGGAGCUUCUUAUCAAGAGGGACUACCAAGCCCAGAAGAUGCGAGUGGAGCAGUCCAAGCUGUACCGUGAAGAUGUGCGAGAUCUGGUCAAUCUUACCGUCAGGAAGAUGGACAACUAUUUGAUUGUGAGCACUCUUCAACUUGGCUUCUGCAUGACACUGUAUGUGGAAGGGCGGCCUGAGAAAGACGUAGGGCCAACUUGGCUGAUCCAUCUCUUCGCCAUCUGCAAUGCUGGCGCCUUCUUGUAUUACUUGCUGAGCAUCUGGUUGGCCCUUCAUGCCUCGGUUGCGGCACAUGCCUUCGGAGUUCGUUUGCUUACCCAGUUCGUGCGUCUUCCAAUUCCAGACGAUGCAACCCUGGACAAGAGCCGCUUCCAAGCGCAGCAGUACGAAGGUAGCACUGCACGUGAGAUGUUCCGCGUGCCGCUACUUCGCCAACAGCUGAAGCGGCUCAACCACGCGAUGGAGCAGACGGACGAGGACGAAGUGAUAUCUGGCGGCGUUUCCAUGAGUGGGUCGGAGGAGGAUCUGGACCCAAGCAUUAGUCCAGUUAUGCUUUUGGAACACGUUCAGCUGUACCGGCGGACGCAAGCGAAUUGGCAGUCUUUCGAUGCGUAUGCCCGUGUUUGCAUGUCCAUGGGCACCAACCAGCUGCUGUAUACCCUCAGCUAUAUGAUGCUGGGCACUCUCGUGGCUGUGAACGAUGUCCCGUUGCCAGCGCUUUCGUGCGUGGUUAUCUUUACCGGUUGCGCCUGGAUCUUGGCCAGGUUGGACUUGUACCUUUCGCGAAAGAUCUUGGCAGUCGCCGCAGUUCUCCUGAUUCUGCCCCCGACGCUGGUCACAGUGAGCUUCAGCUUGCAUCGCAUCUGGGCAGCCCAGCCGACAUCCUUCAUGAUCGGCUGUUACCGAGUGAUGGUCCCACUGGCGUUCUUCCUCCAUCUUACUUGGAUACUUUUCACUUGGGGUGUGGCCCGGGGCGUGAAAUUCGGCAGCGUGGAGCUUCCCACGAACUACCGUAGCGUGCUCUUCCUGGAUGUCUUCGGAUUUCUCGCUGCCCAGGCAGACCAGGACGCACGUGGCGACGAGCCGCCUGAGGAAAGCGAGAUGCAGAGACAGCUCUCUGUCGUGCGUGAGGAAUCUUCUCCGAGAGUAGAUGGGACGGAAGGAGAGGCAUUGCCUGCGGAAGUGCUGCAGAUGCUCGUGCCAGAGUGUCACCAACUCCAGACCCAGCUCAGUGCGGACCUGAAACGCUUCGAGCUGCCUCAAGUCCUUGGACUCUUGCGCCAAGAGCCUGGUGCGGCGAGCAUGCUGAGGCAGCUGCGACAGGAGUUUGACUCCUUCGCAUCUGAUUUCGCCAGCCUUGAGGUCAGUCAAGACGCUGCAAGCUCCAGCUCGCAGGAGUCGCAGCCGGUCUGGCUCCGCCUUGAUUGGUUUAGUAAUGGUCGUCCCAUGCAAGUCUUCCACAAUGCCGAAGAGGGCACAACUGUGUGGGAAGAGCCCUCUGGGUCUGCUCGGAUCAUCGACAUGUACAGCUUACGAACAGACCUCGAGAGGUUUGGUGAACAUGUGGGCCUACUGAGACGGCAUUGCCGACGGCGUGACGGCUCGCCAACCAGUGACGUUGAGAAUGCAGCCGGCAACAUCACUCUGACCUUCCAUCCGAGCUUCGCCCCCACGGAGGAUACGCCCGAUGCAGAAAGUGCCCAAGCUGCCGAAGCGGAGGAUCGAAGACGAGAGCACUACCGGCUGCGGCCUGGGCGGUUGCCAGCACAGACCGUGAAGCUCGGCACCAUGGUCUUAGUCGGCGCUUGGGCGACCAGUGUAGUGUGGAUCAUCAUCUACAUUACGAGCGAGGCACGGCACCUCCGGCUCACUGGCACCAUCGAGCAAGCUCUGGCAGCAACUGCCGCUUCGGCUUGGCUAAAGCUCUUCCUUCACGAGCCGACACUUCACAAGGCUUCCUUCCGCUUGCCAUUCGCAGAGGUUGUAAGCUUCGAGCAGUGGCCGCAAGCAUUUUCCAAGCCAACUGCGCUUGCUUGCAACCCGGACCUCGGUGAGAUGCUCCUGGUCGUUGAAAGAUACAGAGCGGCGGUUCUGCCACUCCGGGAAGAUGCUGAGCUGAUCAAGGAGGCGGCAACCCUUCAGGCUAGGCUGGACCGGUGCCUGUCAGAUGCGCCGCCGCUCAAGGCUUUCCAGGCACAAGGCAUUCGCAGCGCCAGCAUCCAGUGCGACAGGAGCAGUGAGGCAGCGACGGACUGCACCGUCUGGUUGCUCUCCGCGAGAGGCUCUCAGGUGCUGCGCUGCCCCAUGACCGGCCCCGGCCUGGCCAAGAUCAGCCGAGUACUUGGGGGUCCUUUCAGGAGCCUGGCCAGCGAGGGACCAUGGGCUUUGAGAACAUCCAACACCACGUUCGAGGAACCUACCGAGGAUGUGGUGCAGUUGCAACCGCACUGUGACCACGAGACUUGCGAUCUGAUUCCGCGAAGGAGUUACGACGUGGCUGGACGAGGGGAUGGCCUUGUCAUGUGGCCGACUCAGAGAUCUUGGAUGUUCACCUUCUCAGCAAGAGAGGAGACCCUCCGUGGAUUCCGCUUGAAUGCAGACGAAGGGGCCGUGAAGUUCAUCGAUUUACAGCUUCCAAGGUUCUCCGCAGGUGACCGCUGGCUGGGCGGUUGCGUGAUGAGCGAUACCUUGUAUUUUCUUUACAUGGAAUCUCUUGGCCAAAGAUCCACGCCAAGCAUCCGUCGAACAAUGCUCGAGCAUGCCCAGAGAGUGAGCUUUGGGCCUUGA